GCGGCAGGCGCGAGUCCGUUUCUUCUCGUCUCGGCCAUACGCGUCGGAGCACCAUUCGUAGCUUAACCCGAUCCAUCCCCAAGAGAAGGGAGAAGAGCAGGAAGGAGCGGAGAGAGAGAGAGAGGGAGGACCCGAAGAAGAAUCUCUUUGUUUGGCUCAUCGAUCGCUGCAACUUUCCAAGAAUUGUCAGCCCGAUUCAUUACUACGAUUGCUCGCCCCGAUCUCCCUUCCAUCGCCUCGCCCCUCCUCCGCUGCGGGGAGGCAAAUCGAAGAAAGAAAAAGUAUUCCAGAGAAGUUGCGUCCCUUAUCGCCAUUCACUAUGCCACCUGAAGUUUCUUCGCAGUGGCGAGAGAAAGCGUCCGGCUUCUUCUCUUCCUCUGGAGUGAGGCUUAAGCAAGCUGGGCAGUCUGCUGGCAGCAUAGCCAAGAACGCAGGGGGAAAUGUUGCAGAUGCGGCCGGGAAGUUUGGGUCGCUGGUGAAGAACCGAUGGGCUCUCAUGCAGCAAUCCAGGGAGCAGCAGAACCCUGUUGCAUCCGGAGAGAGUAUCCAGGAGCGCUUCCGUUAUGCUGCUACUUCCACUGGGGCCCUUCUGAAGAAGGGCAUAACAGAGACUAAAGAAAAGGUUGCAGUGGGAAAGUUGAAGGUUGAAGAGGCAGCAAAGAAGACCGCAGAUAAAAGUAAGAACAUUCUAAACAAUAUUGAACGUUGGCAAAAGGGAGUUGCAAGCACUGAUGUAUUUGGGGUGCCAAUAGAGGUUCUUGUGCAACAGCAACAAUCUACAAGGCCUGUUCCUCAAAUAUUGGUCAGAUGUGCAGAAAAUCUCAUUAUAUCAGGAUUGAACUCAGAGAAUUUGUUUAAAACUGAAGGAGAUAGAAAAGUUAUUCGUCAGUUGAUUGCACUUUACAAUCAAGACUGGAAUGGAUCAAUACCAGAGGGUGUAAGCCCCAUUGAUGUGGCUGCUUUAGUUAAGUGCUAUCUUGCCAGCCUCCCAGAGCCGCUGACUACAUUUGCUUUAUAUCAUGAGAUUAGAAAUGCAAGAAGUAGCAUCUCUGAGUUGAGAGACAGUUUGAAGAAGCUUCCAAAUGUGAAUUUCAUGACCCUAGAGUUUGUUACUGCUCUGCUGCUCCAAGUGAGCCAGAAGUCAUUGCUUAACAAGAUGGAUGCUCAUAGCCUGUCUGUGGAACUCGCACCUGUGAUUAUGCGGCAGCAAGGGGAUCCAAGAGCAGAUUUCUACAGUCAUUUUUACUACACAUCAAAAGAUCCUUCAGGAACCAUGGAUCAGACCUUGAACCACAAUAGUUGGGUUGACUAUUUGGAUGAGGAUGAGGACGCUGAUGCAUCUUCUCAAAUCCCCCUAGAUGAUGAUUUGCCACCUGAUUAUGGUGCCAUUGAAGUGAUCCAGUGCCUCAUUGAACAUCACAAUGCCGUUUUCACAGAUGCAAAUGAAACAAUAUGGAGAUGAUCCAGUUUGGAUAUUGCUAGGUUUGUGAGAGUUUUAUAUGUGAAGCCUAGUCCAAAGAACUAAGUUUCAUGUGGAUCUCUGUCGUCUUAUAGAAUAGAUUUGCCUUAGAAUAACAAAAAAGUAUAGGAUUUUUUUUUUCUUUUUAUGGUAUGGGGACUUAAGAUUGGAUCCACGUACUUUUAACUAAAAUCUGGCUGCAACUCAUGAAGAAAAGAUUUAGUUUUCCUUUGUCAGUCAACAAACUUCUUGGUUACAAAUAUUGUACAGUGAUUUCUCUGCCUUUUGUCUAUAUAAUUGAGUUGCAGACAA